AUGGCGCAGAAAUAUCUAGAUAUGAUGGAUCAGAAAAAAGCAAGAACGUUUAAAGAUUUUGAGGAAGAAUGGGUUGCGUUAGGGGAAGAAUUGUGUGUAGCUGUAUUUGAACCAGAAAAUUCUCCUAAAGAAGAAGAAAAUGAAUCUGACCAACCCAGAAAGAGAAAGUUGUCAGAAACGGAGGAUUCUUACGUGUUAAAUCAAAGAAGACUAAAACAACAAAAAAUAACACAUGAAAAAAGAAGAGAGGAUGAAAACAUAAUUUCCAACUUAAGAAAAAGGGACCCUCUCAGAUUGAAAAAAUUAAAGGAGAGGGUAGGGGUAAACGACACUCUAGACAGUUGGGCUGUCGAGUCAAUUUCUCGUUACUCGCCCCAGUCGCCACCCCAAUCGUCGGAGUGCACCAUUACCGGGUACCCACCCCAGUCGCCACCCCAAUCGCCGGAGUGCACCAUUACCGGGUACCCACCCCAGUCGUCACCCCAAUCGCCGGAGUGCACUAUUACCGGGUACCUACCCCAGUCGCCACCCCAAUCGACGGAGUGCACCAUUACCGGGUACCCACCCCAGUCGCCACCCCAAUCGCCUGAGUGCACCAUUACCGGGUACCCAGCCCAGUCGCCACCCCAAUCGCCGGAGUGCACUAUUACCGGGUACCUACCCCAGUCGCCACCCCCAUCGACGGAGUGCACCGUUACCGGGUACCCACCCCAAUCGCCGGAGUGUACUAUUACUGGGUGUCCACCCCAGCCACCGGUCGGUUUUUUACAGCGAAUAGUUGGUGGUGCAUUUCCCCUACAAAGAGAAUUGGAUGCAGUGAGCGAGUUGGUUGACUCUAUGAGAGUCGACCUAUUACAGACAUGUAUGUUGAUCGAUUAUGCAAAGGGUUUUUUAAAGAAUUAUAAAUUUUAAUUCCUAUUAAUUGUAUGCGAGUUGAUCGACUCUAUGGGAUCGACCUAUUACAGACAUGUAUGCUUAUUGAUAAUGUAUAAAUUUUUUUAAAGAAUUAUAAAUUUUAGUUCCUUUGAAUUGUAUGCCUCUAUUAUUAUUGGAUAAGUCGGCGGUGCCUUCCCCGUUCAAAAGGAAUUUGAUGUCGUAAGCGAGUUGGGCGACAGCAUGAGAGUCGACCUAUUACAGACAUCCAUGCUUAUUGAUUAUGUAAACGAAUUUUUUAAAGAGUCAUAUAUUUUAAUUUAAAUUAACCAUUGUAUAUCAUAGUGUACCAUUGUGAACAGUGUCAAGAAAGUUAACUCCGACAAAGUUUGUAUUGAACAUAUACAUGUUAGAGUUACUUUUCUUUCUAUAAAGUUAGUCGACUUUUUUGAGAGUCCUCUGUAUAACUAUAAAUUCCAACUGUCCCUAGACAUUUUGUUAAUUAUUUAUGAAAAUGGAUGAGUUGGUCAGCAGCAUGAGAGUCGACCUGUUGCAGAUAUCCAUGAUGAUUGAGUAUGUUAAACAUUUAUCAUGUAUUUUUUUAAAAGAGUUAUAAAUAAUCAAUUUCAAUUGAUAACACCUUUGUAUUUUAUUGAAAAAAGACUACUAUUAUGUAACAUAGUGUACGAUUGUGAACCUGAUCGUGUGUUUAAAAUGUUUGAUACAAUUAACUUUGAAACGCAAUUAGUUUUUAAUCGGAGAAACCUAGCUAUGUUGUGCACUGAUUUUUACCAAUAAAUAAUUUUUUAACAAAUUGUUUAUAUCGUAUAAUAUGAUGUGAUUUAUUUCUUAUUAAAACCUAUAUCAAUAUAUCUUGUGUUUUGUGUUUUAUUUUUUGAUAUUAUUCAGGUGCUUACCGUGAAUGGUUCAUUGGUUCUGCGACUGUGAAUGAUGUAAAUCCAUUAGGACUUGUCAUAUUUUAUUCUGUAUCGCACUCAGGGUGUAACCGUUAAGGCCCAUAAUAUAGAACGAUAUACUGAUUGUUAUCAGCUAAAAUAUGGGACGUGAUAUAUAUUGUGGGUGUAACCGUUAACGCCCAUAACUUGUUAUCAGCUAAAAUAUUUUUCUGUGACGUCAGUGACUGUGUAGUCACCCCUUGACUGUGUACUCACCUCUUGACUAUGACCUCACCCCAUGGUUAUCAGCUAAAAUAUUUUUCUGUGACGUCAGUGACUGUGUAGUCACCCCUUGACUAUGUACCCUUGACUGUGACCUCAAUUAUGACCUAUGUGGGCGGGGUCUGGAAAACCCCAUGACGUCAUCGUGACUGUAUACUGACUGUGUACUGUCCCCCUUACUACUGAUCUCCAUAAUGGUGCAAGUGUGAUUCACUCCCACAACAAUUUCGUCUCAAAUCGUAUAUAAAUGACAAUAACAUUUUCAUUUCUUACCUGAACUCGAGCAUUGUAGAUGUCUAUGGCACAAAUUAAUCAAAAAUAUCAAGUAUAGUCCAUAUAUCGGUUUUUUUUCGUGUAUGUCAACAACAUAAGUUGAAUUUGUCCGCCAUGUUUACUGACCUUGACCGGUAUUAUUUGGACAGCCAAUGAGAAUUCAGGAGCGGAUCUUGAACUGAAUAUAGGAAUUCCCCUAUUAUAAACAUAUUUAACACAGUGGAUAUGAAUUUCUAUUAUAUACCAUUUCCUUAAAUGAUGUUUUAGUGAUAGAAGGAGGUAAGAUCGAUUAUCUACACUGACAUUCACCUGAGAACUGGUAUGGCUGCUCAAAAAGACGACUUGUAAACAUGCUGAUGUGUUUUAUCUGGUUUUGAUUUAUAUACGGUUAGUUUGUUCAACCUGAAUUAAAAAAUCAUUUCAUCUAAAGGAAGUCAAAUAUAAAAUCGAUCUUUUCAGACCGAAGUCAGUCGCAUUAAAAAAUUCAUUUUGCACCGUUACGGAGAUCCUAUGGAAUUGUAGACCUCUCCAGUAAAAAUCAGAUAUAAAAAAAAUCGGAGAGGGCUACAUAAUUGCAGCUCAGGGUAGCUAAUUAAAAACAUCACUACAAGUUGUUAAAUAUCGCCAUUCUACAUUGGGAAGGUGGCGUGCCUUUCCUCAUUCAGUUGGAAAUGGUCUUAUUCGUUUUAUCAAGUGAUAAAAUACGAAAUUUGUUCCUAGCUAUAGGAAGAGAGCCACUAACUCUCAUUUUAAUAUAAAGAUUUUAUAUACGAAAUUAUUACAUUCUUUUACCUCCGAUAUUCAAACAAUUAACGUCAUCGCUUUUAAAUUGAAGAACGAACUGUUGUUAUGCAAAUUAUCUCAUCGGUUGACUGGUCCUCUGUCCCUAUCAUACAUUGCAGGCAUUGCCAGUCUAUCUCACAUGCGUAUUAAUCUUUGUUUUGUUCUUUAAUUGACGUUGAUUUUUUCCAAUGUGUAAAGUUGUAAUGAUUUGUUGAUAUUUUUAAAACGCGUACUGAAUAUGUUCCUGGUUGAAAAUACGUAACAAUCAGAACGGCACUAUAUAUUCAAUGGCGCAUUGAUACUUGAGUUCUAUGACGCCGCUUGUGUAUAAGCCGAGAGAAGCGAGCUGACAGCAAUGAGGCUACAUCGCUGAUAGCGAUGCGCCUCAAAAAUCACAUGGGGUUUUCUCUUGAUUUCAUUCCUUUAUAAGGUGGUAGAGAUGAAAACGGAAAUGUUCUAUGUCGUUUAAGUCCCGAGUUUUUAACUUUCAGUCCUUUCUCGACUUUUAUGGGUGAAAUUGGUUCAACCGCAGGUUGAUAGGGGAAACGGCUUUUAGGUGAGAGGUGCAUAGGUUUUUCUCUUCCACACGAAUAGUUGUUGAGCCGGCGGGAAGUAUUGCCGCUGGUGUUGAGCUGGCGGGGAAUAUUGCCGCUGGCGUUGAGCCGGCGGGGAGUAUUGCUACCGGAAAUGCACAUAAUUGUGCAUUUGGGAAGCAAUCUUCAGUUGACGUUAAGGGAAGGGAAUCACUGGCUUGCGGCUUUGGGUUGGAGAUUAUUAGUCCAUUUUCCCCAAUCACCUCUAAAAGGUCGGCGAGGGUCUUCAUGUCCUCUUCCUCGAACUCGAUUUUCUCUUCCCCGAACUGGCAUUCGCUGGGCGGUCGGUUGGUGGUUAUACAACCGAAAUUUUACAGAAGUCUCCGAAUUAUUUCAUGCUCGAGUUAAUCGGUAACCUUUAAAUCUCAUCACCAUGGCGGGAGUAUUAGCAUGGGUUUUGUUAUUAGCGUACACAGUAAUUGGUCACUGAUUUGAAAUUAAUCAACAUGAAUGUAAGGCAUCAGGAACUAUUAUGUAUUGUAACUGGAAAGGGAGGGGGAAUUAUGUUGUUAGUUCCCUUAUGCAACAUGAAAUCCUGAUUUUUGAUUAUUUGACGGAUGAGGCAACAGUCAUUGUGCCCGAGAAAUUCCUUGGGACUUUAAGGAAAAUAGAAGUUAAGCGUGGAAAUGUCAAAUGUUCAGCAUUCGACACACCACCUGAU